CAACACAAACCACCGUGUUGCAGCAACAGGCCAGUAGUCGAGGCGGCACCAGGCUUGGGGCAGCCCAGAGUCCCUUUUGUCUAUGGAGUAUGUGGCAGCCCCAGGCCCCAGCCCAGGGGCCCCACCUCGGGCCACCAAGAAUGUUCUGCCGCGGGCCGAGACCUGGCUGCCAGGAGUCCCUGGGGCUGCCCCAACCUGGGCCACCAACCUUGAGACAGAGGUUCUCUCAAAUCUAGAGCUGAGUGAGGAGCAGCGGCUGCAGGUCUGCAAGGAGCUGGUGGACCUGCAGAUCAAAACCCAUCGCCUGAAGGAGCAACAUGAGGCUGAAAUCUUCGAGCUGAAGAGUGAGGUCCUGUGGCUGGAGAGCCGGGUGCUGGAGCUAGAGCUGCACGGAGAGCAGGCAGCCCCAGCAGAAGCUGAUCCGGGGCACCGCCAGGCACUGGCACAGGAGCUUGGGCACAAGGCCUCGGGGCAAGGACACUCCAACCACCACAGACUCCAGGCACAGCCCAAGGACUUCCUGACCGCUGAGAACGAGCAGCAGAAGCUGGGGGAUGGUCCACAGCGAGAAGUAAAUCGGGCGCCAGAGCAGCACAGGGCUCGGCAACAGGCACUGGAGACGCGUGUGGCAGCCCUGGGCUGGCAGCUGCAGGGAGCCCAGGAGGAGGCCAGGACAGCUGGGCAGCAACUGUCUGCACAAGCCUUGGUAUUGUCUGCCUGCCGGGGCCAGCUCCACCAGGCUGAAGCAGAGAACGCCCGGCUGCAGCUGCAACUCAAGAAGCUGAAUGAGGAGUACGCCAUCCGACUGCAGCACUGCGCCCGAGCCGUGGCUGGGUAUGCAGAUGGUGCAAGCCCGAAGCCUGCAUCCACAGCCCUUCGGACAUUCCUGGAAACCACUCUGGAGGACAUUCGGGGGGCGCAUCACAGCCGUGAGCAACAGCUGGCCCGGGCUGCUCGCACCUACCGCAAGCGCCUGGCAGAUCUGAGCCGGAGGCACGAGGAGCUGCUGGCUACCCACAGGGCACCCAGGACCCCCAAGGCUACCUCUGGUGCAGCCACCUCAGACGUGGAGCCGCCGCCCCUGCACAUGGUCACCAAAUUCGGCCACUUGAGGGAGGACCAGGCUAGGCUGGAGAAGCAGCUCCAGAAGCUCCAGGCCCAGAAAGAACCCAGUGAAGCCUCUCAGGGGAGCCCAUUGGAGCAACAGGGCCUGGAAGCUGCAUCCUGGGCCCAGAUCCGCCAGAAGCUACAGGACUUCUCCCUUGGCACCCAGGCAGAGUUGGAAAGGGAGAGAGCACAGCUACUAGUCCGAGCCACGAUGGCUGAGGAACAACUUUCUGAGCUACAAGAGUACGUGGACCAGCACCUGGGCAGAUACAAGCAGGAGAUCCUGAGGCUGAGGAAGCUGGUGGGUACAGGGAACUCCUGGAAAGCGGGGGCCACACCUCCAGGCAAGCCGCAGCACCCAAGGACCCGCAGCCGUUAGCUGGUCAACAGAUAAACUUGGAGCAGAAUUCUUCACAGCCAGCAUGGAGCCCUCCCCACAGCACCCCCUUGGGAGAUCAUUCCACCCAGCUCAACACCCAACAAAAAUCAGGCUGGAACCCACUGAG